AUGCCCAUCCCCUUUACCCCAUCUUCAUGGCUCGUCUGUCCUGCUGCAUAUUUGAGUGGGAUGCAGGUGACGUUGCCUUGCUGCGCCGGGUCAAGAGGGAGCAGCUGAAACGGGAGGGGGUUCCUGGCAUCACUGAUAGCCUUGUGAACCAGAACAUUAGAAAGAGUGAGUUGGUGCUCUACUGCAGAAGGAGGGCAAGAGGAGAGAAGGAGACCAUCUCAAUGAUUGACCUCCUUUUGCAAGAGCUUAUGGGGGAGAAGGGCAGUGACUUCCUUGGUGUGCCACUCCUGGACAGGGAUAGGAUGGCGAACAUCUGGGAACAGCAGAGGAAGCAUGUAAAAUGCAUCCAGGAUGAGCCAGGUGUUCCUCUCUACACAGAGACAGGAUCAUCCACCAAGGAGGGCAUCGUCCUCACCACCUACAGGUGUGCCAGGGGCUCAACAUCACUGGAGUCCUUCCACUGCCACCUGGCCAGGUUCAUUCCAGGAACCAGUGCCAACAGUUUGAAUUUUCAGCUGUACCUCCUGGAAGGCCUGAACAGGUGGAACCAGGACCGUGGUGCUGCGGCACUGGCUGUCAAACCUCCCUCACUCCUCACCUACUCAGGGGACCUUGUGCACUGUGUCAACACCUUCAGUGUCAAGGUGCUUGGAAGGAAACUUGCCCCCUCCUUCCAACCCCCUGCAGUGUAUACUGGUGUGUGUCACUUUCCCAUCAUAAUUAAUGGUUUUAUUUCAUACCUUUUAGAUAUCAUUAUCAUUACUGAGUGAGUUUUAUAAUAAAGU